AUGAGAAAUCAUCAGGGCGAAGUCACUCACCAUGCGCGAGAGGCUUUUACUGCUUCCCCAGAUAGGCUCACGGCGGAAUUACGAGUACUGAUAUGGGUAUUACAGAGUUUGCGUGACUUACAUGUUCAAGAGGUGGUGAUUGGUUCAGACUUAACAGAGCUGGUUGAAGCAAUUAAAAAGCCAUCGGAUUGGCCUAAAUACCGAUGGUUUCUGCAACAAGUACAUGCUCUUACGGAGGCUUUUCCUAUGGUUUGUUUCGAGAUUAAAUCGGCAACUUCCAAUUUUGUAGCAAGAGAAAUAGCGAAGAGCGUUCUACGCAAUGGUCUCUUUCAGUCUUACAUCGCGUUUGGAGAAACUCCCGAGUGUUCUCUCGAAUCGAAGCUUCAGCAGUUUCAGAAAUGGCAAAGACAAGAGGAGGAGGACAAGUUGGUUCUCGUCGGAGUAGACGCUUUAGUUCUAACGCCAACGAGAAGAAGUAGUAGAAUCAAGAAAGUGGCUGCUCAAGAUGACGAGGUGGAAGAUGAGCUAGAAGAUGUUACACCAGAAUAUAUUCCGCGAGAUGAUGAGCUAGAAGAUGUUACACCAGAAUAUAUUCCGCGAGAUGAUGAGGUAGAAGAUGUAACACCGGAAGAUGUAACACCAAUGGCUGAUCAAGCUGAGAAGGCAAGGUCUGAAGAUGAUAAAGAAGAAGGAGAAGCUUGUUUGAAAGGACAGGAACAGGAAGAGGAUGAAGGAGAACCUGCUGAUAUGGUAGAAGAUGAAGUUCUCAAUGAGGAAGGGAACGAAGAAGUCAGCAAUGCUCAAGAUGAUGAGAUUCCUAGUAACGAAGGAGUUGAGCUACCAUGGGAAGAAGUGAAAGAAAAAAAUAGAAGAGGACCAACAAAGAUGCGUAGAGUGGCUGAAAAUCCAAAUGAAAAGGUUGUGGUCACAUUCACUAACUUUGGUGAGCAUGUUGGACCUGGUUCAGUAACACUAUCAUCUUUUCUUGGUCCUCUUGUGAGGGAACAUGUUCCGGUAACACUUUCUGAUUGGAGAAGACUUGAUGCAGCGACUAAAGCAACAAUGUGGGAAGAAAUUCAGGGGAGGUUUAACUUGCAAGAAGAGUGGCAUAAAGCUGUUAUUUUCAAGCAGUUGGGAAGCUUGUGGAGGGCUGGGAAGUCAAGGCUAGUGUCACAAGUACGGGCAGCGAAGACUGCCGCUGAGAGAUUAAAAUUAAAACCCAGCAACGUCCCAUCUAUUCAAGUGUGGAACACUUGGGUUAGGAGCGAGACUACCUCAAGUUUCAUGGAAAUAAGUAAUAGGUACCGAGAGCUGAGAAAAAAUCAGAUUCCUCAUACCACCAGCCGCAAAGAAAUGAUUCGUCUAGCUUAUGAUAUGGUAAAAAAAAAGAGUCAAUACCCGAAAAAAGUGAGUAGGAGUAAGGUAUGGAUUGCGGGACAUACUCACGCUGAUGGUAGACCCGUGAAGCCUCAAUAUGCUGAGACUAUUGAACAAAUCCAGUCACUUGAUAGUCAAAUGGACUCUACAUCAGCUGCUGAUAAUAUAAGGGAGGAUGCUGUCACCAAGAUUUUGGGAAAAGACAAACCUGGACGAGUAAGGGGGUUUGGUAGAGGGAUUACGGCUACUAAACUAGCAUUUCUGCAAUCUAGAGACGCAAAGAUUGCUGAUAUGGCUAGUGAGAUUGAAGAGUUGAAGGACAUGGUCCGAGAGUUAGCUGGAAAGAAGAAAACUAAUGGUGAGACUGAAACAUCUGAGACAAGUGCUGGAUUCAAAGAAAGAGUCAGAGUACAAAUACUGGAUUGGUUUGAGUCAGAAGAUGUAGUUGUUGGUGAAGGAGAAUUUUGUUCUGAUGAACCGAUUCUGCAUUAA